AAUGCAAUUUAAACCACAAUUUACAGCACUGUUAUAUUUUUAGGGCUAUUUUAUUAUAAUAUCCCCACACAUACACACACCCAGUCAAUAUAUUUGAUUUUGAUACCGACAGAUUGAUUGGGUAGUGAACUACUAACAAAAUAGUUGGUCUUCAAUUGGUGGUUAUCAUUGUCAAUCUCCGAGACAACUAUGGGAAGAACUCCGAGUGCCGUUCACGAGCCGAAAGACUAUUGGAAAAAGUUUUUCCGUACGGAAGUAAUUGACAACAAGAAUGUACACUUCUGCGAGAACGGCGGAUGCGAUUACAGUACAACCAUCCAAAAGGAUAUGCAGUUUCACGUUAGGAAACAUCUGAAGAAUCACUAUCCGUACAAUUGUUCGCUUGUGAACUGCGAUAAGGCGUUCAAAACGAAGGCCGCACUCGACGAACAUAAGACAAACCACAAGUGCGGCUUCGGUAUCGACGGUAUGGAAGACAUCGGCAUCUGUGGUCUCAAUGCACUCAAACAAUACUAUCAGAUGAUUGUGGAUAACAAUAAAUUCAAGUAUAUCUGCAAAUAUUCGGAUUGCAAUUACAUUAUCACCCGAUUGGACUGUAUUGAAAAGCACGUCCACCAACAUGUGUGCGCCUAUCGUAGUACUGAUUCGUAACACACGACUAUGAAUCGUACUGUUCAAACACCGUUUCCCUAUCCACACACACAUACACAUCAAUAAGGACAUAACCGUUUCAUUCAUACUUCGCCCCCACCACAUAAAUUGCCCACCAAUUUAUUCAUUUAGCCCAAACAAAUCGGACUUCAGUUGCAAUUUGUAAUAUUUUUGGGCUAUUUUUUUAGCGUUUAGCCAUCAAAACAGUCAUAUUUAUAAAUUUAUUCUCAUUUAUUACUGGUAUAAUAUAUUUCUUAUAUAUAUAUAUGCCUUCCUCGAGAUCUAUAUCUUCCAAAUGUUUGAUAGACUGCUAUUUAUACUAAUGUACCAAUUGUUCAUUCUUUACUAAUUAUUAUUUAUAAGUUAUUUGUAUAUUAUAAGUCAGUUUUUUUUGUUCAUAACAUUUUGCUUUUUUUUAAAAGACAACAAUCUAUUUAUAUAAUGAAAAACAUAUGUAUCUCACUCUCAGCUCUCACUUAAUUAGCAGAUCUUAAUAGAUGAUACCUGAGUGAUGCCAAAUAAAGAAUAGCUACAUAACCCCCUCCGCCCCCAAUCUCUCUCUCUCUCUUAAAUAAAGAUCUACAUAAUUU